GUCACUUCAGUCCACUUCAUUGGCUAAAUGAUCAAGAUGUUGGGAUAUGGCAGAUGGUGAACUAACCCUUUCGUGUCCCUGACGCAGAGAUUUGGUGGCGAUGCUUUGCACUGGAUGUGUCCUGCAUCAUUCAUCUGCUCAUCGUGCUGUAAACCUCCAUCAUCAGGGAACUCUCCAUGGAUAAAUCCACACUUGCCCAGCAGGUGGAGAGUGUUGAGCGCAAUGUAACGUUUUUGCAGGAGGAGCACCAAAUCCUCCUGAUGGGUCUACGGCUGGAGAUACGCAACCUGAAGAAACGAUGCAAUGCAUCCAACUUCAUCUCUGUGUGCAUCUCCACAGAACUAAGCUGUGAUCUCAGUGAAAAACCACCAGCAAAAAGCCAAGAAGAUAUGGAGCUGGAGGAAGAUCUGCUCCAGGUGCGAUUACUGGAAACAGAGCAACAUCUGGCUGAGCAGGAAAGUGCGCUGGUGGAGCUGCGGGCAGAGCUGAGGAAAAAAGGGGCAAUCGCAAGCGCACUGCAAGUCCGACUUCGAGAUGAAGAGCGGCGCUUCCUGGAUGAGCUUAAACGACGCAGUCAUAAGAUUACAACUCUGAGUCGGGACCUCCGCAAGCAGACCGAUGUGGCCGCUCAACUCUCCUUUCAGCUGCAUUCUGCACACUUUCGAUUGUAUCACCAGACUGAAGACUAUGAGGAGGAGGAUGAAGAAGACGAGGAUGAAGGAGGCACACUGCAGGAACCAGAAUGGACUGCUAAUUCUCCAUGUGUUCUAGAAAGUCCUCAUCAGAGCCGAUCUUCAGGAAGGCUGCGGAGAUCGGAGAGAGUUCGGGAAUGUGUGCCCCGCGAGAGGGUGUUUGGGCCCCAGGAGCCCCGCCCCAUGCCUGACCCUGCCCUAUUCCUCUAUCCAUUCCGACACAGGCUCCUCCCCCUGCGCAGCUCCAUUGGAGGUCACUGGCGUGAAGGCAGCCUUUCCAGGAUCUCAGAAGCUCGAAUAAGUAGAUUCCGGGAUCGACCACUGAGGGAGGACAUUGGGCCAGAGACAACAGAGUUAUAGAGCAUUCUUUUGGCUGGGUUCUUUUUAUUUUAGAAGCCUUGGUUCUGGAGGUAUGUUUAUCUUUCAUUUAAACUAGAGAUGUUGAUGGUCUCCUAUGGCUUUCAUAGAAUUUUAUUUUCCUUAUUAUGGAAGUCAUUGUUGACCAUCAACUGUUCAGAUACCAAGAUUGUUCAAAAUGUCUUGUGGGAGGUGAGUAAAUGGCAGAACUUUAGUUUUGGAUCUAAUCAUUUGUUUUUAAAUAAGUUCUUCAGUUUUACGUGUAUGCGAUGGUCAGUGUACAGUUGCCUAGAUGUGAAUUUUGUCAUCAGAAUUUUAGGGGUGUACCUUACGCUUAUUUUUGUAACAAUGUACACAGAUGUUCACAUAUGCGCUUUCAAUUGUUAUUGCACUACUUGAUUUGUCCAUAAGUUCUCAACAUUGAAUCAGGCUGUUGUUUCAAGGAUGGAAAAGAAUUGGAGGAGACAGGACAAGCGCAAGACUUUACUGAAGAACAUGUGAAGGUCUGUUGCCAAAGCAAAAGAUUUUUUGUUGCUCAUAACAUUUGGAGAAAAAAAGCACAGACACUGGAUAAGAAAAAAAUUAUUAAAGGUACAGUAGGUGAUCUGCCAAAAUGCUAACAGGUUAGCAAAAAUUCUUUGAAACAUAGUCCCUUCCCUGUCUCCUGAAACACAAACGCACACAUCUUAAAGAUGACAGCAGACAACCCACUAGUUUAUGUCAUUCGCUAGUUAGAAAACUUUACAGUACUUUAUAAUACUAAUGUUACAAUUCCGAACGAAAAACUAUAUUAUACCUAGCACAUUUUCAGUUGUGUAGCAAGCAAAGCUUGUCAUAAUGGUCUCACUCUCUCACAUGCUUUGUCCUAAAGCGACAAAUGUAUUCUUAGUGGUUGGCCGGUGGUGUGCAGGAAUUACACUUAUUACUAAGCCACACUUACAUGCUAUUUCAGACGGAGUACUCAGAGUAGCAUGGUAAACAAUAUAGGGGCUGCGUCACAGGUUGUCAUUGUUCAAAAAUCAACCAAUGU